CAUCAUCCUGCGCUGCGUAAUUAAUUGCUAUGGACACAGACCAAGCCAAAUCGGGUCGCAGUUUGUAUGACGAUGGCGUCUAAUUAAGAUUAAUGCACACAUUUGAUACUGCGAAAACGAAGAGUUAGAUGUCCAGUAUGGCAGCUGUGGUGAACAGUGAUCCAGAUGGGUUCCAGGACCUGGUCUUGGGUGAGACUGAGACCCUUCCUGAGCAAGAGUCCAACACAGUGAGGAUCUUUCUCAGCUCUACAUUCACAGACAUGAAGGAGGAGCGGAACAAGCUGAUCAGGGAGGUGUUUCCAGAGCUCAGUCGCUACUGCCUUGAAAAGAGGCUAGAGUUUGAAGUAGUCGAUAUGAGGUGGGGUGUAAGGGACAGUGCUACGGCUGAUCAUCUGACAGCUUUCUUGUGCCUCAAUGAAAUUGAUAAAUGUAAACGGAUGUCUCAGGGACCUUACUUUGUGGGUUUCCUAGGCGAUAAGUAUGGCUACCGUCCACUCAAUGCCACCAUUUCCUCAGACAUUUUUGAAAAACUCAUGGAUACCGUCUCAAGAGAUGAAACCGCGAGCAAGGAGGAUGAGGAUCUCAUCAGGAAGUGGUAUGUGGAGGACACCAAUGCCAUCCCGCCAGUCUACGUUCUCCAGCCAAUCACUGUCCACCUUCCUAACUACUAUGACUCCAGUGAUUCCCAGAAGCAGAAUGCGACGAGGCAGAAGUGGUGGGAGGUCUUUGAAAGGAUGAGGAAGGCGUUUGAUUCGGCUGCUAAACUGGCAAGACAGGAGGGUGUUUUCACUGCAGACGAAAUGCAUGAACUUAUAAUGUCUGUGACCGAAGAGGAGAUUCGUCAUGGUUUGAAAGACAACGCCAACAUUGGUGAUACUUGUAUAUUCUUUACAAGGGACUUUACGGGUAUGGAGCCAUCUUUUAAGCAGAAAGCAACUUUGUCCAAGUUCACUGACAUUCAGACUGAUGAUGACAAUGAAACCCUUGAGUUUGUGGAGCAUUCCCAGACCUUGCUCACAAGACUGAAGAAGGAAUACAUACCCAGUCUGGUGCCAGCCCAAGCACUCAAUACCUUCACUGUACCUUGGUGCGAUAAGGGCAUUGACCCCAUCGGUUGCCCGGAGCACGCAGAAUACCUGGGACAGAUGUGUGAGAUAUUUGAGCGUAGGAUGAAGGCCAUGAUAGAUAAGAAGCUGGAAGGUCAAAGGUCAAAGGUUGUAGAUCCAGUGAAAAUUUGCUUGCAGAGAGAGCUCCUUCAUCAUGCAUCCUUUUGUAAAACAAAAUGCAGUGCCUUUCAAGGAAGAGAUGAUAUCCUAACGUCCAUUAGGUCUUACCUAUCUUCAGACCUGUCCAAGCCCCUGGUCGUCCAUGGUAUAUCAGGAUCCGGCAAGACGUCUGUCAUGGCCAUGGUUGCAAGGCACUCAAGAAAGUGGAUAGAAGGAUGUGUCACUGUCCUAAGAUUCCUUGGGACAUCAGGCAACAGUUCAACCAUCCAUGCCACAUUGAAAAGCAUGUGUCAACAGAUUUGCUUUGCUUACGGUGCCCCGCAACCCUCAUCCGAUCAUUCAGGAGACUUUUCAGAACUGGUGCAGCUUUUCAAUAGCUUGAUCGAAACACUUCCAACCAAAGAUAAACCUCUCCUGCUGAUUUUCGACAGUAUUGACCAGCUCAGUUCUAACAACAAUGCACACAAGAUGAACUGGCUUUCAAAGUCUUUACCAGAAAAUGUCCAUGUUGUGGUGUCCAUGCUGCCUCAGGAACACAACAUUCUAGACAACAUCAAGAAGACCCUGACAGACCCCAGAUGCUACAUUGGAAUGGAAGUUGUUGGUGAAGAGAAUGGUAUUGCUAUCAUGGAUGGCUGGUUGAAGGAAAGAAAACGAAGUCUGAACGAGGAACAAGUGAAAGUGGUGAGGGAGGCUUUCAGUAAGUGUCCUCAGCCACUCUUUCUGAAGCUACUCUUUGAGGAAUUUGUAACAUGGCCAUCGUACAAGACAGUAGCAGAUGUAAAGCUCCCUAGCACUGUGGUGGAUGCUAUCAACAACCUGUUUCAAGAACUAGAAGAGCAUCAUGGGCUUAUCUUUGUAGCACAUGCGCUCGGUUACCUGACUGCAGGAAAGAGUGGUCUUACAGAAGCAGAGAUAGAGGAUGUCCUUUCUUGUGAUGACAAAGUCCUCAAUGAUGUCUAUCAGUACUGGGAUCCUCCAGUGGAAGGGGUUGUUCGCAUUCCACCAUCAGUCUGGAAGAGGUUGCAUCAAGACAUCGGGGAGUUCAUCACGGAAAGGCAGGCUGGUGGCAAAACAGUGAUUGCUUGGUACCAUAGGCAGUUCAUUGAAACAGCUGAAAGGCGUUACCUUGGUGAUCCAGAGACCAAAAUGGCCAGACACAAAGUUCUUGCAGAUAUGUUCCUUGGAGAAUACAGCAGAGGUAAAAUCAGGCCAAUUCGACUUGAGAGACGCAAUAAGGAUUUCCCUAAUGCAGACCGUCUUGUUUCACCUCAACCCCUCAUGUUUGGAGAGAGUGUCUUCAAUCUCAGAAAGCUGCAUGAGCUUCCUUUCCACUUGAUGCGAUGUGAGAUGAUGGAUGGAGUCCCUGAGGGUAUGGUGCAGCAUAUCAUGUACAACUUUGAGUGGAUUCUGACCAAGUUAAGAGCCUUCAACUUUCUGGAACUUGUCAAUGACUUUUCAAAAUUUGAUGAAGAAAGUGGCAUCCUUCUUGAGGCCUUGUACUUGUCUGGAAGUAAUCUGAAAGAAGACCCUUUCUGCUUAGCAGGCCAACUUCUUGGGAGGAUGUAUGAUCUGAUGGACAAUUACUCUAACAUUAGACAAUUGCUUGGAGAAGCCAAGGCAUGGGUGAGGACUACCCAUCAAUCUUUGAUCAUUCCUAGAGGAGCAUGUCUGAUCCCUCCAGGAGGACAGUUGAAGACAUCGUUGGCCGGUCACCCAUCCAGAGUAGAGGCUAUUGCUUGCACUGGCAAAGGAGAUGUCAUUGUAACAGUCUGCAAAGACUCCAAUGGCUACCCCAUGGCUAAUGUUUGGGAUGAAGAAAAUACAGAGCUCAUACACACUCUACAAGUCAAAGCAGGAAGCAAAGCAUCUGGGGCACUAUCCCUUGCCAUCAGUCAUGAUGAUACGUUUGUCAUCUUCGGCUGUCAGGUGUUGGGAAUGUUUGAACUCACCAGUGGUGAGUGCAUCUGGAAACUUGAGACUGGUGAAAACCAUGCUAUCAGCUCUCUUCAGAUCCAUGAAAAUGGAGCCUUGGCCAUUGGUGGAUCAGGGAAAGGGUCAAAUGUCUGUAUCUGGGACCUCAAUCUUGGACAGCUUCUCGCCAAGCUAGAUCAUCCCAAAAUUGCUAACUUUGCAUUCUUUGAAGGUGAUGCUGAGGUAUUAACUGGUUGCCAGGAUGGUUUCUUCAGGCAAUGGUCCAUUACAUCCAAAGAAUGCCUUCUUUCAUUCCAAGCUCACAAGGAAAAUGACAUGAAAGUAGUUGCCCAUGCCAGGUCCAUCCAAACCCUUGUAUCAGGUGACAGCAAUGGAUCCAUCAGGAUCUCAAGGUAUGCAGACAAACCAAGUGCCCCGAGCAAGGUCCUCGAAGGUCACAGGAAGGCUGUCACUUGUCUUCUAGUCUUAUCUGAUCAUUUACUUGCAUCUGGGUCAGCAGAUUUUACUGUUCGUGUCUGGAACAUGACAGAGGGCACAGCUGUCUUGAACUGUAAAGGGCAUGAUGGCAUGGUCACUUGCCUUUGGCAUUGCCCGGCAGACCCCAACGAAAGCGAUUCCAAGUCCAUCCUGGUAUCAGGUUCUAAAGAUGACUUCCUGAAGGUUUGGGACCUGGACCCUAAGGAUGUUCGGUGUCCUCUCAUCACAACCCUGGAAGGACAUUCUUCAUGGAUCUCAGAUGUAACAGGAACAAAGAAGAGAGUGAUUUACUCUGCGUCAAACGACAAGAGCGCCAAGAUGUGGGUCUAUACUAUGGAAACAAUGAUUAAGAGGGAGAGACACAACGGCCAUGCAGUCGUUCUCAGGUUUACUCCUGAUGGGUCCACAGUUAUCACCAGUGGACAAGAGGGAUCCGUCAAGUUUUCUUGUUUCUAUGACUGCCAUGUGACCCGCCGUGAAGAGGGAUUCACCUCCAAGCUGGUGUUCAGCAGAGACAGCAAGAAGAUGAUUGGUGCAUUCAAAGAGGAGGGGCGGCUUCGUGUCUGGGAUAUGAACCAAUCAACAGAAGGAGGCAGAGAUGUCUUUGAUCUUGAAGGUCAUGAGAAGGGCAUCCUAUGGUUGGUGGUGGGGAAGGAUAAUGAGGUUGUCUCUGCUUCACAGGAUAAGAUGAUUAAGGUGUGGAACGUGGACACCAAGACAUGCAGGCUCACUCUUACAGAACAUGAGGCUCCCGUAGGACUAGUGGAGACAGUGACACACAAGGCAGACACCUUCAUUCUAUCAGCAGACAGCAAAGGAGUGCUCAAGUUCUGGAAAUAUGACACUGGAGAAUGUCUGCUCUCUACCAAAGAGCACAGUGCAUCCAUACGAUGUCUCAGCAUCUCCGGAGAUGGUCAGUAUGCAGUGACAGGUGCCAACGACAAGCAGAUGAUCCUAUGGUCACUUGCUCCCAAAACUUUUGGUCAGGUGGUCAAGCGUAUGCCGGUUCAUGUGUCAGAGGUCAUCUGUUGUGCAUUCAAGCAUGACAGCACCAGGAUUGUCUGGGGAACCCACGCCGGUGUGGAGCAGCUUCAUGUCUGGGACUUCAUGGCCGAUGAUGACCAACUGCUUGUAGGUCACAACCAUGCCAUCAUGGCUCUAUGCAUCUCAUCAGAUGACCAGUACUUGGUCACUGCGUCCCGUGACUGCACCCUGAAGGCGUGGCAUCUCCCUACCCUGCGGAUGCUGGCAUCCUUCGAUUGCCAGUCUCAGAUCAAGAACAUAGACCUGGUCUACAAUAGUGAGGACCGCUAUCGCCUAGCAGCAGAGAACAAAUCUGGAACUAUUUUGAUUCUUGAUUUGCUACUUGAGAAAGCAGAUAGAUCUGAUAUCAGCACUGAACCUGUCGCCCAGCUCACCGAGACAAACCAAUCACGAACCUCAGAAGACCAGAAUGGUGGAAAGCAUGUAAACGAAUCAAUGGGUGGUAUCCAUCGAGGCAUUGGGUCUAACAGCGCAUCUUCAAAGAAGUCCAGCAGUAGCUCAGAAACGAAGAAGAGUAAAUCAGCACUCUGCAUGAUCUACUGAGAACCACCAUGAUGCUCCUUCCAUUUAGGUGACUUGUCAGAACCUGACGCUUAAAGUUAAACUGUACUUAUGGCAGCAGAUAGAACUUGGAAUGGAAGCUGUUGCUUAUGUCCUCAUAAUGUCCCACUUGUAUCAAGAGAUAAAAGUGCCAUAUAUUUGUAUAUGUCCGUCCACAAAAUAUUUGAGACUUUUAAUGUAAUAUCUAAAAAAAAUGCCAAAACAAUGCUUAUGUUAUUAAUGUCUGCACAUAUAGAUGUCCAUAUGAAUUCUCUCCCUUUCAUUAAAUUUGAAUGGAGACCUGCACAUGUAUUUAUAUGGGCAUGUAAUAUGGAGUAUGCACCAGUUAUGUCAGAAAAUAUUUCAUGACCUUUACAGUUACAUCAUUGUGGCGGACAGCCAGAAGGGCAUUGUCUCAUUAAAACUGAACCAUAGGUAGAAUGCUGUUCAAGCUCUCAGCAGAUUAUGUGUAAUGUGCACCAACUCCAGUUCAAGAGUUUGCACAUUGACCACUUGUUUUCCCUGCAUUUAAUUGCUGCAUCCUACCUCAGCAAUUUUAUCUCAUUUUUACAAUGUUUGUAUUUUUUAUUCAUGACUUUGAGAUGUGCCAAAGCAAGGCUGAAUUUUGAUACCAUUAAUAAGUAUGUCAAAUUAAUCAUGGUAUAGUAUUUGAUUAAUGACUUUCUAUAGAUCCCCACAUUCCAUUUGUGUAUGAUCUUACACAAGAAGUUUCUAUGUUUGAACAUGUACUGUAUGUAGGGAAUCUUUUCUGCCUAUAGUAUCUAUUAGAUUAAGUAGCAUGUAGAGUAUUUAAUUAAGAACCCAUUUGUGCUUUUGGGAGAAAUAGCAUAUAAAAAUAAACGAUUGUUAAAGCAUUAUCAUUUUUUUAAAAUGUAAUGGAAUAGAGAGAGAAAGGUAAGAACCUGUUAUAAAUACGUGUUCAUAAUAUGAGUACUCCAUGUCUUUCAAAUACAAUGUGUGUACAGUCCUAUAGUUUCAUACAAUAUAUGCAUGUAUCUUUAUUAUCUCUUUUAUUUAUCAUAUCAGAUGUACAGAUGACAGUUUCUGCCGAGUGCAGUGGAUUAUGACAAGUAUAUUUCAUAAUGUAUUCAUGAAAUUCAAUGCAAAUUAGAAUCGUAGAGAAAGUUAUUCAUUGAUAAAUUGUAUUCAUGUAUGUACAAUCAUAAAGAAGCUGAAACAAACAGGUAAAUGGUGCAAUAUCAUGGAUCAUUGGUUUUAUAUGACAUACUUGUGGGAUAGAAUUUUUUUUUUCGUUUUGUAGAAUUUUUGAACUAUUUAUAUAUUAAAGGUAAUUCAACCAUCCACAGUUGUUUAAUAACCAAUUCCCAUUUUUCAUAAAUUCUGUUGUUAACAGAUGACAGUAGUAAAAUAAUAGUAAAAUCUGUUGUUCAACAUCAAUUUUUGAAAUAGAAACCAUAAAUGAAAUAUUGCAUAGUCAUCAUAAAAUUAUAGUACAUCGUGAUAACAAAAUCACAAUACAACUCGUUGCACAUUGGACUUUGAUAACAGUUUACCGUUACACGUGAGUGUGUAAGUGUUCACAGUUCACUGCAUAUGUUUGUAAUGAUCAUGAGUACUUAGUUAAGGCUCGUUAAACAUUUAUGCAGGGGUUAAAAUCACUGUGGUGUGUUUUUUGGGGGUACUAAAAGAAUGGCAAAUGGGGAUGGAAAAAAAGUAGCGGUGUGUAAGAACCCCUGUAGUAAACUGCCGCCAUUUAAAAUGAUGAAUAAUAUACAUUUAUAAAGCGCAGAAACUAUGCAAUGUAAUUUACUG